GCGGAGGGCGUCUAGCAGGGCCGGGGCCUCGGCUCCCGGCAGCCGGCAGCCGGCAGCGCGGACGGCGAGCCCUUCCCGGGCGCGCGAUGCCUCCUCGCGGCCGCCGCCCGCCCCCGCCCCCUCCCCCGCGGGCCGGGCGCCGGGCGCCAGCCCGUUGCCGCAGCGGGGGGCGCGUAGCGGCGGCGCGGGGCGGGGCCUGGGGCCGCUGGGGGCCGCGGGAAACAUCCGCUUCCGGGGCCGCGGCCAUCGCGCUCCCCGGCUCCGCGGGCCCGCCGUGCUGCGCCUCGCCCCAGAGCCCCGGGGCCACGGCCCGAGAGUCGCGGCUGCCUCCGCCGGCCGCCGGCCGCCGGCCUCCUCAGCCAGCCAUGCUGGAGCAUCUGAGCUCGCUCCCCACGCAAAUGGAUUACAAGGGCCAGAAGCUAGCUGAACAGAUGUUUCAGGGAAUCAUUCUUUUUUCUGCAAUAGUUGGAUUUAUCUACGGGUACGUGGCCGAACAGUUUGGGUGGACUGUCUAUAUAGUUAUGGCCGGAUUUGCUUUUUCGUGUUUGUUGACACUUCCUCCAUGGCCCAUUUAUCGCCGGCAUCCCCUCAAGUGGUUACCUGUCCAAGACUCAGGUUCAGAAGACAAGAAACCGGGAGAAAGAAAAAUUAAGAGGCAUGCUAAAAAUAACUAAUUAGGCUUUUCAUGAUUUAGCUUUACUAUUGCACCUGCUUCCGUUUUGUGUGCGAUGAGCUCAAUUGUUUUCAUAUCCAAAACAUGAGCUUAAACCCAUCGCUGCUCUUUCAGCACAGCUGUGUGUAGAUUUUGUUCUCUUUAUAGUUCACUUCUAACUCAGCUGGCUUUUGAUUUAUAAAUACUUUUGACCAUCUCUUCAUAAUCUUCAUCUGAAAUGAGAACAGAAAACACAAGUAUGCAAAGCUUCUUUCAGGUCUACAAAAAGUGACAAAUGCCUCAUAAAUGAUAGUACAAUUUAACUGUCAAAGUUUUAUAAUUCAUUACGAGUGGUUAAGUUGUUUUAAUGUUUUCAAUUAAAACUCAAUGCAAGUCUA